AUGUCCGUCUUCAACACCUCCCGUCUCGCUGGCAAGACCGUCCUUAUCACCGGUGCUUCUGCUGGUAUUGGCGCUGCCACCGCCGAGCUCUUUGCCAAGACCGGCGCCAAUCUCGUCCUCCUCGCCCGCCGUGCCGACAACCUCAAGGCUGUCAAGGCCAAGAUCGAGGCUGCCCACAAAGAGUCGGGGCUGAAGGAGGGAGGAAGGGUGGUGCUCAUUGAGGCUGAUAUCCAGAAGAAGGAGGAUGUGGAUGCUGUACCUAGCAAGCUUGAGGGCUUGGAGGUCGACAUCCUCGUCAACAACGCUGGUAUGGUCAGGGGCAAGGAUCAAGUUGGUGCCGAGGACGACAUCAACGUCAUGUUCUCCACUAACGUCAUCGGUCUCGUCAACCUCACCCAAAUCUUUGUCCGCGAGUUCAAAGCCCGCAACCGCGGCCACAUCAUCAACCUCGGCUCUGUCGCCGGCCGCGAGCCCUACGCCGGUGGUGCCAUCUACUGCGCCACCAAACACGCUCUCGCCGCCAUCUCUGGCUCCCUCCUCCGCGAGCUCGUCAACACCCCUAUUCGAGUGUCGGAAGUACAGCCGGGGAUGGUUGAGACGGAGUUUAGUUUGGUGAGGUUUAGGGGUGAUCAGGGUGCGGCUGAUAAGGUGUAUGAGGGUUUGGUUCCUUUGAGUGGACAGGAUAUCGCGGAGGAGAUUGUGUGGGUCGCUUCCAGGCCCGAACACGUCAACAUUGCCCAACUCUUUGUACUCCCCGUCAACCAGGCUUCUCCUACCCUCGCCCACAGAUCUUCAUAG